GUCCACGUCGUACACGUACGAGGACGCCGGAUACGGUUAGACGCAUACGGUUAGGUGCGUCGAGCACGUUCGUCCCAUUAUUUCGUGAAACGUAAGAUCGAGAGGAUCCGUCACAGGCAGUCACACCGACGGCGACGAUGGCACCGAAACAGAGGAUGCGCAUCGCCAACGAGAAGGCGACGAAAAAUAUCACGUUGCGCGGAAACGUCCCCAAGUCUUCGAAAUCACAGGAAGAAGGAUCUCCAGUUGGACCUUGGCUUUUAGCUCUAUUCCUCUUUGUUGUUUGUGGAUCUGCUGUGUUUCAAAUCAUCCAGAGUAUCAGAAUGGCUUGAAGAAAAGGAGGUGGAAUGGAGCUACUGUUAAUGAAUACAAGCAACCAUUUUUCGACUGAUAUGCAAACCAAUAUGCAAAAGAGACUGAUAAAUUGUCUUGACAUAGAUUGUAAAAAAGGUGAGGGAAACACUAUGGGAAACGGAACUCACCGGCAACGGCAAAAUUUUGACAGUAGCUAGAAGAUCAUUUUCCUUUCGCAGAAGCUCAAAGAUUUAUUUAUAACAUUUAGCAUUUAUAAGCGUUUAACUUAAUUGCGCUACGCAUGGACGGAAGAAGAGCGCCUGUAUAUACGAUUAAUGCUGUUUAAGAGGAAAUAUUUUCAGUCAAGUCCAUAAAACGGGAAGGAAAAUAAACAUCCGACUUGUAUUUCGAUUCA